AUGGAAGAAUAUACUGAGGAAAUUAUUGAUAAUUUAUCAAAUAAAGAAAAAAUAUAUAAUGAAAAGAAAUUUGUAUAUACAAAAAAUGAUUUUUUAUAUGCCUACAAGGAGUUAAUAUUAAAUAAAAGAGGUAUCAACGAUAGUGAUCCAUGUUAUGAUAAAUUCAAAGUUCCUGAUUCAUAUGGAAAUAAAGGAAACAUUAAAAAGGAAGAAGAAACUAUAAAUGAAAAUGAAAUAAAUAAAAAUCAAAUAAAAAGUGAUACAUUUGAUGUUGAAAAUAAUUUUAACAAAAAUAUUUUAAAUGAAUCAUUAGAUUCGAAUAAUCCUUUAAAUAUAAAUAAAAAAAGUUCUUUUCUUACAAAAAGUAACAAAUUUAGUAAAGUUUUUGAUAUUAAUUCUAGUAGUUUAAGUAAUAAUAAUGAAAAUAUUGAUAAUAAUAAUAAUAAUAAUAAUAAUAAUAAUAAUAAUAGAAAUGGUUUUAAAAAAAGUAAUCUUUAUGUUGAUAAUAACAAAAAAUUAAUAUGGAGAGAAAACAAUAAAGGAUUAUCAUCGUGGAGAUAUGCAAAAGGAAAUAAUAAAUUAAGUGAUAAUCGAGAUGAAGUAAGAAGAAAUAAAAGUUAUAAUAAACAUUUUAAUGAUAUGAAAAUUUCGUCACCGAUUGAUUCUAAUGAUGAAAAUGAUAAUAACGAUUUAAGUAAAUUUUCUAAUCAAACUAAUUAUGUUAAAGAUAGAAAUUUAAUUAACAUAAAAAGAGAAGAAAUUUUUAAUGAUCAUUUAAAUGAUCAAAACGUAAGUAGUAUUAAUAAUGCUAACUUGAAUUUAAUAAAUAACAAUGAUAAUAAUGCUAAUGAAAUUUUAAAUGAUCCAGAGAAUGCAAAUAAAUCUAUUGAGAAUUUGGGAAUUUUAAGUUAUUCUAAUUCAACAAAUAAAAACCAAAAUUUUUCUAAUACAACAGGUUUUUAUAAUAAUGGAAAUAAUACAAUUAAAAAAGUAAAUGAUAUAUUUAAUAAUUCUUCCUUUCAUUCAACUAAUUGUAAUUUUAAUAAUAAUAAUAGUAACAAUAGUCAUUUAGAUGAAUGGAAGAUUAAAAAAUACAAAAAGUAUAAUAAUAAUGAUAGUUAUAGAAUUAUAGAAGAAAAUAUAAAAAAAGAAAGUAAAAAUGAAUAUUCAGACAUUUUCCAAAAUAAAAAUAGUGAUAUUAACAAAAGUAAUAUGAAUAUACAAAAUAAUGCUCAUGAUAUUAAUCACUGUAAUUAUAAUCAACAACAAUUUUUAGGAAAAAUUGAAUAUAAUAAUGUAAAUGAUAUAGAAAAUAAAGUAAAUUAUAAUGAAGUAAUAAAUAAAAGCAAUAUAAAUAAUAAUUCAGAACAUUUAUCCAGCAGUAUGAAUAAAAAAAAUGGAAAAAUCAAUAAGGUUUCUAACUCAUACGAAAAUUUAAAAAAUCAGUCAACUAAUUAUAUAAAUUCUAGUUAUUUCAAUACAAACAAAAACAUUAAAUUAAAUGAAAAAAAAAAUUCCAAAAGUGACAAAAACAUAGCUGAAGAUGAUUGGAGUUCUAUAAGAAAAAAAUCAAUAUUAACUGAUAAUAAAAAAGCAACAGAUGAUUUAAUUUGGCAUAAAAUGAGUGAGCAGUUUGAUAGAAAAAAUAAAAAUGCCAUUGAUUCCUUGGAUAGUAAAAUUGAUAGUAGUAACAAUAACAACAAUAAUAAUAAUAAUAAUUAUAGUAAUAAUGAUAAUGAUAAUAAUAUUAGUAAUAAUAAUAAUAAUGAUAAUAAUAUAAAUAAUAAUAGUAACAUGGAUAAUAAUAAUUUGAAUAAUAAUAAUAAUAAUAUGAAUAAUAAUAACAGUAGUAACAUUAAUAAUAAUAAUUAUAGUAAUAAUAAUAUUAAUAAUAAUAAUAAUAAUUUGAAUAAUAAUAAUAAUAAUAAUAGUAUUGUCAAUAAUAAUAGAAAUAAUAAUUAUGAUCAUUUAGUAUCAAAGAAUGAAAAAGCUUAUUUUAUGCAGAAGGAUAAUUAUAAUAAAGAAAAUGUAAGUAAUAAUAUUCCUUUGUAUACAAAUAAGAAAAUAAAUGAAUUAUCAUUUGCAAAAAUGAAUAUUAAUAAUAAUUUUAAAAUUGAUGAGAACGAUGUAUCUAAAAUGUACGCGUGUAAAGAAGAUUACCUAAACCCUAAUUAUUUUUCUGAAGAAAAAAAUGAAUCAUGUAUUGAUAAUUUAGACAAGAUUAACAAUAGAAUGAAUGCAGAAAAAAAUAAGAAGAAAAAAAAAAAAAAUGAGAAGGAUAAAGAUAAGAUAAAAGAAAUAGAAACAGAAAUAGAAAUAGAUAAAAAUAGAAAAAUUACUAUAAAUGAAGAUGCCAAUAAAAAACAGAAGGAAGUGAAUAAUGGUAGCUACACUAGUAACAUUAAUGAAAAAGAAAAUAAUAAUGAUAAAAACUAUAAUGAAAAAAAAUUAGAUAAAAUGUAUUAUGUACAUACUGAAGAAGAAGAUAAACAAAAAAUGGAACAAACAUUAAGAGAACAAGAUAAUUUAUAUACUGAUAAAAAGAAUAAUUAUUACUGGGAAAAGAUUAAUAAUAAAAAGGGAAAUUUACCUUUUAUAGAGGAUAAUGAUAUAAAUGGAAAUUAUUUCUUAAUAAGUAAUAAUGCGAAAAAUGAAUCCUUAAAAAAUAGAAAAUAUUUAGAUAAAAAUGAAAUUGAUAUUCCACAAGAAAGUUUAUUGCAAAAAAUAAAAAAAAAAAACAUUGUAGAAAAUGUAAAUAAUAACCUUUUCUCCAGUAGCAAUAAAAAUGCCAAUUUGUCUAAUAAUAACAUUUUUUCUUCUAAUGAUAUUAAUAAAAUCCUAAACUUAAAUAUUAACGAAAAUCAAAAUUUAAAUAUAAAUUCUUUUCAUUCUAAGAAUAUUUCAAAUAGUACCUUCCCCAAUAUAUGUGUGAGUAAUAAUAAUAAAAAUAGAAAUAUAAUAGGAAUAAACAAUGGAAAUGAACCAGAUGAAAAUGAAUUAGAUGAAAACGAUAUAAAUAAUAACAUUUCUCAUUUUUUAUCAAGCAUAAAUACAAGUAAAAAAAGUACUUCUAACAUAGAUGCAAAACAAACCAAUAAAGAUGAUUUUCUUGAUAGAAAUGAAGAAUUAAUAGAAGAGACAAAGGAAAAAAAAUUAGAGAACAAUAUAAUUAAAAAAAUUAAUGAAAAAAUAAAAAUGGAUGAUAAUUUUUUGAAUAAAUUAAGUGAAGAAGAAAAAAGUGAACUAUUAAAGCAUAUAGCAUUAAGUAAUGUUAAAGCAACUGAUAUUUUUGAAAAUACGAAUCCAGAUAAUUCUAUGAUGUAUUUAAAUAAUAAUAACAAUAUAAACUUAAGCCUUAAUAAUUCUAAUUUAUUUAAUAUGAAAUUAUAUAAUAAUGAAAAUAUUAACAAAAAAAAUAAAAGUGUAAAUUUGAAUAGAAAUAUUACAUCUUAUAUGAAUAGAAAUGAAUUUUUAUCAUAUGAAAAUACUGUAAAUAAUAGAAAUGACUAUAAUUUAAAAAAUAUACCAGAUCAAAUAAAUAGAGAUGAAUCAUCAUAUUUAGAAUAUUUAUUAGCAAAAGCUUUUGAUGAAAAAAAUAAAUAUGAUAACUCAGCUAUGAAUGAAAUCGGAUGGUUGAAACACUUACAUUAUAAGAACAUACUUUCAAAUGAAAAUAAUUUAUUGAAUGAGUUUCAUAUAAGUUCAUUAAAAGAAAACAGUGUAUUAAAUAAAAAUAAAACUAUCAUGGAGAAUAAUAAUUCCAAUAAAGUAAUUGAAAAUAAAGAAGUAAUAUUAACUGAAUCUAAUUUGGAAAAUAGAAAAAUUAAAAGUAAUACAGUAAACAUAAAUAAAGGAGUUUCGGUUAGUCCUAAUACUUCAUCUAUGGUUAUGCAAAAUGUUAUAGGAAUAAAUAAUGCGGACUAUAGAAAUGCAUUUAAUAAUACUGAUGAAGAUACUAAAGUAACAAGAAAUAAUUAUUUAAAGGAAAAUAAUACUUAUUCAAUGGAAAAUGUUUUGCAUAAUAAUGAAAAUACAGCUACUAAUGAUAAUGAUUAUAAUUAUAAAAAUUUAAAUCAAAAUAUUAAUAAUAAUAACACAAACAUAAUAAAAAAUAUUCAAUUAAUGAAUAGAUUAAAUAAAAUAAAAGGUGAUAUUUGGCAAUAUAAAGAUCCUUCAGGAAAUAUACAAGGACCAUUCUCUUCGGAGCUCAUGUUUUAUUGGUGGUAUUUAAAUUAUUUUCCACAUGAUUUACCUAUUCGAUUUAGUGAAAAUAUGCCUUGGAUAAAAUUUAAUGAAAUGUUUCCUCCCGGAAGCUUUCCUUUUAUUCUUCCUUUAACUUUUAUGAAAAAAGAUUUUAACAAAAUAGAAUCAGAAAAUGAUUUUUAUAAUAUUAAUCACAAGAAUAUUUUUAAUAUUAAAGAAUUUAAUACAGUAGGAGAAAAGGAUAAUUUCAAUAAUGAAAAUAAUAGAGAAAUUGAUAAUAAUGUUUAUAAUAAGAAUGCGAAUAGUAUCUUUAAUAAAAAUGUUGAUAAUAUUUAUAAUAAUGACAUAAAAAAUGUUGCAUAUAACAAAGAAUAUAUAGGCAUGCUAAAUGAUAAAAAAUUACAAAUGGAAUUAUUAAUGUUACAAGAAAAAGGAUUAGAAUUAAUAAAGCAGAGACAAAAACAAAUUGAAAUAAUUAAACAAUUAAAUGAAGUAGAACAUCAACAAAAAAAAGGAAUAAAUACUGUUAAAAAUAAGGGAAAUGAUCAUCCUAUCAUAGUUGAUAAAAAUGAUUAUUUAGAUCAUAAUAAUAAAUUGAUAUCUGAAACAUUAACAAAAGAAUUAAAAGAAAUUUUAAAAAUUAAUAAUAAUAAUAAUAAUAAUAUAAAAUGUGAUAUGUCAAAUGAUAAGAAAGUUAGAGAUACCAUUAAUUAUGUUGACAAUUUUUUAAAUGCAAAUGAAAAUUCUGUUAGUAUUUUAAACUUAGCAAAUAAAAAUAAAAUAAAUGACAAAAUAAAUUUUUUAAGUAACGAAUCGUUGGAUAAAAAAGAAAAUAUAAUUAAUAUAAGUAACGAUACAAAGUUACCUAAUUUUUAUAAUAUAAAUACAAGCAAACAUGUAUUAAGUUCUUCACAAGGAACAAAUAUAGAUAAAAUAGGUAGCCAUGCUAACGAAAAUAAAACAAUUUUCAACAAAAAUAGCUCUACAACAGUAAGCAGUAAUGUUGACAAUACAUAUACAAAUAAAAAUAUUAAUAAUCAUUUAAGCAAUUUAAUGAAUAAUUGUAUUCUUCAAGAUAAUUUAGAUAAUAUAAAAAUAAACGAAAACAAAAUUAAUAAAAAUGAGGAACAUAAUUCUAACAAAAACAUAAAUAAUGAAACAUCAUCUAUUCAAGAAUCAAAGAAAAAAUUGAAUAAUGAAUUAAAAAGAAACGUUAAAGCAAAUAAAGAUAAUAAAAGAGUUUCUCAAAAAAAUGAAGAAAACAAAAAAAGGAAAAUAAGCACACCUAUUCAUAAUCAUGUAGAAGAAGAAGAAAUGAUAAAAGAAAAGAAUAAAAAUUCUGCAUUUCCUAAAAAAGAAAAAAGGGAUAUUAAAGAAAAGAAAAGUAAGAAAGAUGAAAAGAUGAAGGAUAAGGAAGAGAAGGAUAAGGAAAAAGAAAAAAAAAAAGAUAAAGAAGAAGAAAAAGUAAAAGAUAUAGAAGAAGGAAAAGAAAAAAAGAAGAAUAAAAAUAAAAAAAAAAAAAAAGAAGGAAUUAGUAAAAAUGAAGAUUCUUCUUUUCAACAAUCAGAAAAAGAGGAGCAAAGUGAAAAAAAAAAUAAAAAAGAGGUAAAGAAAGCGUGUUUAAAAGAUGAAGAAAAAAAGGAAAAUGAUAAUAUGAAAGAUGAAGAGAAAAGGGAAAAUGAAAACAUAAGAAAAGAAGAAAAGAAGAAAAACGGUAAUAUGAAGAAUGAAGAAAAAAAGAAAAAUAAUAAUACAAAAAAUGAGAAGGAAAAAGAGAAAGUAGAUAUAAGAAAUGAAGAAAAAAAGAAAUAUGAAAAUAUAAAAAAUGAAAAAGAAAAGGCAGAUAAUAAUAAUAACAAUAACAUAGGUAAAAAAAAAGUAGAAAAAAUGAAAUGGAGCAUAUCUGGUGAUAGAAAAAUUGAUAAAUUAGUAGACAUUAUGAAAGGAGAAGAAAAAAGUGUAAAUAUGAAAAUCAAAAUUGAAAAUUCCAAAAAAAAAGCAGUAAAUAAUAAUAAUAAUAAUAAAAAAUCAGGUUGGGAUGUAAAUUAUAGUAGUAAUGAAAAAAAUUCUGAUUAUAUUGAUUUUCCUUACUUAACUACAGGAAUUAAACAAAAUAAAACAAAAACAUCAAAUAAAAAUUCUUUCGGUAAAAUGAACAGUAAAAGCAAUCAAGUUAGUGUAGAAAUAAAUAAUAUAGAUAAAAAAAAUAAUAACAAUUCAAAUAAUAUGAAAAGCAAUACUAUUAAUAAUGAUAAUUUAAACAAUAAAAAAUUGAACGAAAAGAAAAAAUGGAAAAAUGAAAAUAAUGAUACUCAAGCCAAUAUAGAAAAUAAAAAAUUCCCACCACUGUUAUAUUCUUCUUCCUUGAAAUCUGAGAACAAAAAAAAAACAAAUUCUCCUGAACAAGAAUUAUUAGAUUUGAAACAAUUAACAAGUUCCUGCAAAUUACCCUUAGAUGACUCUUUACUUAAUUUUUUAAAAAAUUUCAAGAAAGCAGAAGAGAUAUAUGCCUUUCUUCAACAUAGUGUUGAGGAUAAAAAAAAAUUACACCAUUUUGCAAAUGAAUUUAUUAAAAUAAAUAACAAAAAUAAUUCAAAUAAUAAUCAAAAAAAAAAAAAAUUAUAA